UUCGUUCUUUCCUCCUUUCCGAAUAUAUUCAAUAAAAAAAUAAUUAGAAACUAAAAAAAAAUAAAAGCCAACCUAAAACGGCUGGCUUUCCUCUUUGGUUCCUCACUCCCCGUCUCUCUUCUUUCUUUCUUCGGGGAAAAAAAUCGGGAAUUAGGGUUAGGGUUUGGAAAUCUCUAGUCUCGUCUCCCCGCGAUUUCGAUCGGAAUUUACUUAAGUUGAGGAUUUGGGACCGGUUGGGGGUUUCGAUUUCUUCCACCGAUCCCCAAUUCUUUUAGCGGGGGGAAGGAGCGGGAGCAGGGACGAUGAGGAGAUCGAAGCUGGAUGUGAUGGUUUCCCUCAGCCGGCAGCGAUCACUCCAAGUCCUCCUCGCCCUGGCGCUCCUCUAUGUUGCUGUUGUCUUCUUCUUCGAGUUCCCCUUCCUCUCCCGGUGGAUCGCCGGCGGGGGCGGGGUCAUCGGCGGUGGGGACGCUAUGACGCGUGUUCUACCCCUCGGCAGCGAGGAGGCGACGGAGGAGAAGUCCGCCCCCGCAAGACCGUCCAAGGGUCCCUUCCGGCUCCCACAGCCUUCCGGCCCCAUCCGCCCCCGCCCGUCCUUCGAUCGCCGGCGUCGCCACCGGUCCCUUCUCGUCUCAGGCCUUAAGUUCGCGGAGCUCAACUCCACUGGCCGCGGCCCUAUCUCGGAGCUGCACAAGUCUGCGAGGGACGCGUGGGAGGUCGGGUCGAAGCUGUUGAUUGAGCUAAAGUCGGCGCCUUCGUUACCGUUGCCGGUGUCGCCGGUGGAGAAUCGGACGGACGAGAGAUGCCCACAUUCGAUCGUUCUGACGGGGCCCGAUUUCCGGGAGCGCGGCAGGGUGAUGGUGCUCCCCUGCGGGCUGACGCUGGGGUCCCACAUCACUCUGGUGGCGAAGCCGUAUCAGGCCCACCCGGAGUAUGACCCCAAGAUCACGAUUUUGAGGGAAGGGGAUCAACCGAUCAUGGUGUCGCAGUUCAUGAUGGAGCUGCAGGGGCUGAAGACGGUCGACGGCGAGGACCCGCCGAGGAUCCUCCACUUCAACCCCCGGUUGAAGGGGGACUGGAGCGGGAAGCCGGUGAUAGAGCAGAACACUUGCUACCGCAUGCAAUGGGGUGCGGCUCAGCGGUGCGAGGGGUGGAAGUCUAGGGCCGAUGAGGAGACUGUUGAUGGGAUGGUAAAGUGUGAAAAAUGGAUUCGCGAUGAUGAUAACCGUUCAGAGGAGUCAAAGACGACUUGGUGGUUAAACCGUUUGAUCGGCAGGACAAAAAAGGUUUCGAUCGACUGGCCGUACCCAUUUGUAGAAGAUAAGUUGUUUGUCCUUACUCUUAGUGCUGGUUUAGAAGGUUAUCAUGUCAAUGUUGAUGGGAGGCAUGUAACUUCUUUCCCUUAUCGCACUGGCUUUGUUCUUGAAGAUGCAACUGGCCUGUCAUUGAACGGGGACCUUGACAUCCAAUCUAUAUUUGCUGGUUCGUUGCCUACAUCACAUCCUAGUUAUGCUCCACAGAGGCAUUUGGAGUGGUUGACUGAAUGGCGGGCCCUUCCACUUUCUGAAGAUCCUGUUGAACUGUUUAUUGGCAUCCUUUCAGCAGGCAACCAUUUUGCAGAGCGUAUGGCUGUGAGGAAGUCAUGGAUGUCUGCCAUUAGAAAAUCAUCAGAUGUUGUGGCUCGAUUUUUUGUUGCAUUGAAUGGAAGAAGGGAAGUAAACAUGCAGUUGAAGAAAGAGGCAGAGUUCUUUGGGGACAUUGUUAUAGUGCCCUUUAUGGAUAGCUAUGAUCUUGUGGUUUUGAAGACCAUUGCCAUAUGUGAGUAUGGGGUUCGUGCACUAUCUGCAAAGUAUAUAAUGAAGUGCGAUGAUGACACCUUUGUUAGAGUUAAUGCGGUAAUGAAUGAAGUAAAAAAAGUCCCAAGUGGCAGAAGCCUGUAUGUGGGAAAUAUAAAUUACUACCACAAGCCUUUGCGAGAAGGGAAGUGGGCUGUGACAUAUGAGGAAUGGCCUGAAGAAGAUUAUCCACCAUAUGCAAAUGGUCCUGGCUAUGUUGUCUCUUCUGAUAUUGCAAGCUUCAUUGUGUCAGAGUUUGAGAAACAGAAGUUAAGGCUGUUUAAAAUGGAAGAUGUGAGCAUGGGCAUGUGGGUCGAGAAGUUCAACGCGACAAGACCUGUGGGAUAUGUCCAUGACAUCAAGUUUUGUCAGUUUGGCUGCAUAGAUAAUUACUACACGGCGCACUACCAGUCCCCAAGGCAGAUGAUGUGUUUGUGGGACAAGUUGCAGACAGGGAAACCUCAGUGCUGCAACAUGAGAUGAUACAAUAGGAGAUAGCAGAGUAGAAGCAAAGAUUUUGCAGUUCUAGCAGCAUUUGUACAUUUGCUGAUGAUGAUAGACAUGAGGCUCGUUCAAGGAUGCCUUUCCAAAUUCAUUUAUUAUUUCUUCUUCUUCUUCUUCUUAUUUCAUUUUGGUGGAGGAUGGUUGGUGGGUGAUGGAAGAGGCACGCAGCUGCUUCUGUGUAUAUGUAAAAGAACACAUAACACAGCUCCUGUUACUUCUGAUGCCUCUGGUGGUGGUUGCCGUAAUUAUGAACAACCCAUCAGAUACAGAAGGGCGGUAUGGCAUCUCUUGCCUCGGAAUUUUGCAAUGUAAUUUCUCAGCAGCACAAGCCAGCAUGCCAUACUGUGAAACCGCACCGUGUUUUAGUCCUCGAUUCAAUACAUCAGAUAGAACACAGAAUUUUUGAAAUUUA